CUUUAAUUUCUCAAACUAAUUGUGUUCGAUCGAGUUUAAUCGCUCUUUCCAAAAUUGGUUUUCUUGGAGUUGAUUGUGAAACCAUUUGAGACGAGGGUUUAAUAGGAAACACGACAAUCUUUAAAGUUAGAUUCAAAAAAUACAUAAUCCUUAGUUAUUUUUGUAUGUGUUUCGUAGGUGAAUCGAAUUUUGUAAGCAAAAUAAAGCUGAUUACGAAGAAGAUAUGGACUUGGGUUAUGGACCUUAUGUUGAUCCCGAGCUCGAAUUGCUCGUUGAUAGAAUCCACCCUCCAAGUGUUGUGCAGGGUUUGCAUUGAUAAUGAUUCAUAUCAAGAUUGCACCCUUGUGAAGGUGGAUAGCGCGAACAAGCACGGGAUAUUAUUAGAUAUGGUGCAAGAGUUGACAGAUCUUGACCUUGUGAUCUCCAAAUCGUACAUUUGUUCAGAUGGUCGUUGGUUCAUGGAUGUGUUCCAUGUGACUGAUCAACUCGGUGAUAAGAUUACAGACAAAAAUGUUAUACGUUACAUACAACAGUCAAUAUGUGCAAUUAGGAGAGGGAACACACAACUAAAAACAAGUAUAAGCAAACAAAUCAGAACAAACCACGAAUGGAUGGAGCAUACGACCCUGGAGAUGACAUCAACCGAUCGGCCGGGCCUGUUGUCGGAGAUAUCGGCCGUACUGGCGGAACUAAAAUGCCGUGUUUCUGCUGCAGUGGCAUGGACUCACAACACACGAGCCGCUUGCAUCAUGCAUGUACAAGAUGACUCGAACCCUGGCUCCAUCAUGGACCCUCAUAGGGCGGACCGAGUUCAAGCCCAACUAGUAACUGUGGUCGAUGCUCACCACACCAAUCGCCAACGAUGGAGCCUCAGGUUGACCGGCCCAACCACGGGUCAAACCCACACCGAGAGACGGCUCCACCAGCUAAUGAUGGCCGAUAAAGACUACGAAGAGACUACAUAUGGUACAAAAGGCUAUGAGACAGUAGUUACGAUUGAAAACUGCAGAGAAAAAGCGUAUUUGGUUCUGAAUAUAACGAGCCGAGACCGGCCGAAGUUGCUAUUUGACACAGUUUGCGCGCUCACGGACCUGCAUUAUGUGGUUUUUCAUGCUACAGUUAGCUCUAAAAGAUCUGUUGCUUUUCAGGAGUACUACAUAAGAAAGAAAGACGGGCCUACGUUAAACUCGGAGAUUCAACGGCAAGCGAUCACCCGAUGCAUAAUUGCAGCAGUAGAACGAAGAGUAUCGCAUGGUUUGAGACUAGAUAUCAGGAGUCGCGAUAGAUCAAGACUGCUAUCGGAUGUCACCCGAGUGUUUUGUGAAAACGGGCUCUCGAUCGCAAGGGCCGAGAUCCGAACACAUGGAGAAAGGGUGGUUGGGUCRUUUCAUGUGACCGAUGCUCAUGGACACAAUGUGGAUCAUGGCAUGGUGGAAGCAGUGAAGAAAGAAAUCGAGAAGCUUGGGGGAAUGGUCUUGGUGGCAAGUGAWUCAUCGUCGAAUUGGUUGGCUACUGGACCGUCAAGUAAUAACGACAGGGAAGAAGAAAGGCCGGCAAGAUUUUCGCUAGGAACGUUGUUAUGGUCACAGCUCGAAAGGCUUUCGAGCAAGUUUCAGACGCUAAACUUGCAAUCCCAAAAGAGUAACAAGUUCUCAGAAAUCAUGUAAAUUCUUCGUAUAAAGGAGCUUUUUAAUAUACAUACAUACAUACAUAUAUAUAUAUAUAUAUAUACAUACAUUAUAUGCAUAAGAUAUGAUAUUAGCUUGUAUGUGUAUAAAAUUAAUUACCUAGAACAGGUUGAGGAAUCCAACUUAUCAAAAUUAAUAUAUCAUAAUUAUAUAUGAUUGCAGC